AAGUGAAGAUUUACUACUUCAAAGGUUUACGACACAAUUUAUCGAUAAGAUAACAGAAAUGGAGGAGCUGGCUGCGGAGAUUUUAACAGACAAACAGCAGAUCAUAGAGCUUGAUCGUAAGCGAAACUGCAACAGAGAGGCUUUGAGAGCUCUAAAACACAAAAAGAAAGCUGACAAGUCCUGGUUAUGUUUUGGGAACACCUUUCUGAAGCUAAGUGACUCUAGUGCAAAAAACAUGAUUGAAGAAGAUCAAAAAACUGUGAAUGAAGAAAUCUCAAGUUUAAGGACACAACUAAAACCAAAAGUUACCAAACUACAUGAACUUGAAGGGCUGCCAGAUUUCAAAGGAUUCAAUCUAUCUGCAAUGAGUGGAGAAGACAUGGAUUUUGUAGCUGGAAUCAAAUAAGUUGUCAUGGAUGGAUUCUUUUGUGUCAACAAUAUGACAGUCCAGCUGGUCACUAGCAAAAAGUCACCAACAAAAGGCUGUCAACAGAUUUCCAUGAUUUUGAUCAACCUUAGAAAAAAAAGGAGCAAUUACAUGGAUGCUUAAAAAGACAGAGAGAAGAAAAUACAAAAUAGCAUUAGACUCAGAUGGUUGCUGGCAGCCAUUUGUGGUUGAAAUUGCAGACAUUUUUSUGUACAUAAAAUACAUAGACUUUUACAAGGUCCCUUAAAGGGCUCAGACCUCAUAUUGCACUUGAAGUUCAUUCAACUCACUAACAGGUAGAUGCAGUUUUCUUUUACUCUGGCAAAUCUGUGUGAAAUAUUCAAUAAAACAUCAAUGAAUUUAAACCAAGGGAUUUCCAGCAA